AUGCCCGGUGGAGUGAUUAGUGAUAUGUUCGAGGCCCAUCAUCGCGGCCUGGCCCUCAGUCUCUUUGCAGCCGCUUCAUUCAUGGGACCUGUGGUUGGGCCGAUUAUUGGUGGCUUUGUGGGGAUGACAGUUGGCUGGAGAUGGAUCGAAGGAGUACUCGCUAUCUUCGCCGGAGUGAUGUGA